AAUUCGUCGUGGAAAUUCGUUUGGGUUAGACGUGUAUCAUGUCUGAAUCUUAUAAACUUGGUGAUCUUGUGUGGGCCAAAAUGAAGGGUUUCAGCCCAUGGCCUGGCCGGGUAGCCAUCCCCACUCCUGAGUUGAAACCUCCCAAGAAGGCUACCAAUGUUCAGUGCAUUUACUUCUUUGGGACCAAUAAUUAUGCAUGGAUUGAGGAUAAUAACAUCAAACCAUACCAGGAGUAUAAGGAGCAGCUGAUCAAGUCUUGCAAAACUGCUGCCUUCAAGGAAGCUGUUAAUCAGAUUGAAGAAUAUAUUGAACAUCCUGAGAAAUUUGGUGAUCUAGAUGAUCAUGCCCGUAACCUUGAGGAGGAGUUUGACAAAUUGAAAGAUGUUAUGGAAUCUAGUGAGGAUCAGGAAGAAAAAACUGAUCCAGAAGAGAGUGUUUCUCCUGAGGUCAAAAAGAAGAGCUCCACUCCAAAGAUACGUUUGGGCAUUUCAAAGGUGAAGCCUAUAAAGCGGUCAUCGUCGGCCGGUAUUAAGGGCACGCCCCGCAAGAAGGCGAAAAGCAGCACGAGUAUGUCCCGUUCGUACACAGACUCUGACAUCAAUGACAAACCGUCUAUGCUCAACCACUCCUUCUCCAAGAAGUCGAGCCUGCUGCAUCGUCCUUCCAACAUACUGAGACCCGAUACACCACCACUCGACCUGGAGAACGUAUCGGAGACCCUCCUGGAGAAGAAUAUAAAGGCGAGCCAGAUGAAAUUCGGUUUCUUGGGGCUGGGCAUCAUGGGCGGCGGUAUCGUCAAGAAUCUUCUCAACUCUGGCCAUAAAGUGGUCGUGUGGAACAGAACUGCUGCCAAGUGUAAAGACUUCGAGAAGGCGGGUGCAACUAUAGCCGUGACUCCCUGCGAUGUCGUGGAAGAAGCGGACAUCACGUUUUCAUGUGUGGCCGACCCACAGGCUGCUAAAGAGAUGGUGUUCGGCAACUGCGGGGUGCUACACUGUCCUUCGCUAGAGUCCAAGGGCUACGUGGAAAUGACGUCUAUAGACGCGGAUACCUCGCAUGAUAUAGUCGAGGCGAUCAGCGGCAAGGGCGGCCGCUAUUUGGAAGCUCAGAUACAAGGCUCUAAAACCCAAGCCGAGGAGGGCACCCUCAUAAUAUUGGCCGCCGGUGAUCGUACACUGUUCGACGACUGUCAGUCAUGCUUCAAAGCGAUGAGCAAGAACUCCUUUUACCUUGGUAGUGACAUAGGCAACGCGUCCAAAAUGAACUCUGUCCUGCAAGUGGUCAGUGGAGUAUCGCUGGCCGCUCUAGCGGAGGGUCUAGCGCUAGCGGACCGCGCGGGGUUGAGUCAAGCGGACCUGUUGGACGUGCUCGCGUUGACACCGCUGGCAUCGCCACAUCUCAUACUCAAAGGACGCGCUAUGAUCGAGUCACUAUACUCCACUCACCAGCCGUUGACUCACAUGCAGAAAGAUUUGAAACUGGCCCUCGGACUGGGCGAUGCGUUGGAGCAAUCACUGCCUCUGACCGCCACCACGAACGAGAUAUUCAAACACGCCAAACGCCUGGGUUAUGCGAAUCACGACGUUGCCGCGGUGUAUAUAAGAGCUAGAUUCUGAUCGCGUUUGUACGCCGCCCUAGCCCUCUUGUCUCGUACUAUUGUUCGCUGUAAGAGAUAUUCUAGACAUAAGUCUUUGUUAAGUAACGAAGUUUUUUAAUUCGUAAUAAUGUAACAUUUUAUUUGCUCUCGUAAUAGAAAAGUUUCAGUUAUUGUUACAUAGUGAUUUGUGUAAAUUAAUAAUGUGUAUAACAGUUUAAAAUUACAUUAACAAUACGAAGUGGCGGGGAUGAGACAGUGACUCGAUAGUGGAAUUCCUCUGGAAGAUGAUCAAUGUACAAACUAGAUUAAAUUGCUGGAACUAGACUAAUUUUAGGUCUAGGCCUGUCAAACUGCGUUUUCAAUUGUGAAUAUAACUAAGAUAAAGAAACUUUUUAUAUUUGUAUACAGGGGUAUAAUUAACAUUUGACUGUGAAAUAACGUUAAGAUAAAGUCAAAUAGAAAUGGGAUAGUUAAAAAAAUUGUUUAGAAGAGUGUGUCAACAGAAUUGGCACCAAUACUGUAAUAUUAUUUUGACAAUAUUUUUGUCGAUAUUGUCUUUAUUCAAAUAAACUUAUUAGAAGUACUUUUGGAUAGUCCAACGUUUUUUUUUACCGACCACUCGUUCAGGACGUCUUUUGGUGAAACAUUUUGUUUGUGUGUCUACAAAAAAAUGUGUGUAGUGAAACUGUUUUUUGUUAUAUCAACGAAAUCUUACAACUAUCAGUACAUUUCAGUUACUGGCAAUAAUCAGGACAAUACUAGACAUGUAUGUUUGGAUCGAGUAUUAAUCUCUAUUCGUAUCAUUGUGCAAUACAAAUAUAAGUAAUUUUACAUCAUAUCGAAACUAUAUAAAGAAAUAAAAUGUUACAUUUUACAUUUACAAGUUUGACGUGACAAGCAAAGGGGACAGUGGUUCAUUAUAACGUAGGUAGUUUAAGUGUGACGUAAAUGGAAGAUUAUUUUUGAAUCACCGGAUCGUUUCUAAUUAUAUACAUAGUAUCUAUAAAUCAGAGGUUCUAUUAAAAAAAUAUGUAAUGUAAUUUUAAAUACUGUCAGUUUAUCAUGAAAUAGAUGUUACGCUCAUUUC